AGAUAUUUUAAAAAGUUGAGUCUGGGAAAGGGUGAAGCGGAAAGUGAGAGGAAAAGGAGGAAGAAAAGAAAUGGCGGAAACAAAAGAAACAGUGAAGCACAUAGUAAUCGGAAAGUUCAAAGACGAGAUUUCCGAAGAGAGAAUUGAUGAACUCAUCAAAGGCUAUGCCAAUCUCGUCAAUCUCAUCCCAACCAUGAAGUCAUUCCACUGGGGCAAGGAUGUUAGUGGUGAAAACUUACAUCAAGGUUAUACUCAUGUAUUUGAAUCAACCUUUGAGAGUGUGGAAGGCAUUGCAGAGUAUGUAGCUCAUCCUACCCAUGUUGAGUAUGCUAAUUUGCUCCUUCCCUCUUUGGAAAAAGUGCUUAUAAUUGACUAUAAGCCCACCUUCGUUAAUCUUUAAUCUUUGAUCGGAUCACUAAUGGAAUAUUCUGUUCAAAAUAAAUUUGGGGGCAAACAAUUUCAUGGAUGAUGAUGGUGUCUCUUAUUGUAUUGGUUCUGCUUUUUUUUUUUUUUUUUGUUAAAAAUAAACCAAUUAAAUUCCUCUCUAAAUGGCUUUUGUAUGCAUUAUAAGUCAGAGCCUUUUUUUUAUCUCAUUUUUAAUUUAUCGAAUAUCCUUGUGCAUUUUCACUUUAUCAUAAAUCAUGCGAUAACUACCUCAA